CUCUCUCUUUUCCCUCAAUCCCAUUGGGCAAUUCAUAUAUCUUUGCUCUCAGUGAAGAAUUUUGCGCAAGAUAACAAAAAGAAAAUUUCUUUGGUGAUUCUGCCAUUCGAGUUUUUCUGGGUUUUUUGAAAUUAAUCGAGAAAAGGGGUUUUUUGUUUUUAGUUAGAGUUCUUGAGUAGGAAAUCUAGAGAAGAAGAGGGAUCAGAGAAAUGGCUGUCCUCUGUGAGGUUUUGUUUGCUGAAGAAAAGGUUGAAGAAGGAGAGUGGGAGAAGGAGAGGUAAGAAUCACCAGGAUUUCUGUGCAAAAGCCAACGUAUAGCAGAAGUGGAGCAGGAGAUAUAAAAGCAAGCAUCUUUUCUUGAUUCAUCUGCUUCUGCUGGGCUAUUGGCAAUGGCAAUGUCUGCUACCAUUAUCAGUGAUCCAAUGAUGGUGCCAGCGCCGGCACCUACAGAGACUCAGCUGGUUGCACAAACUGAAGUUGAGUUUGCAAAAUGUGAUUGCUGUGGACUGACUGAGGAGUGUACCCCUGCCUACAUAGAAAGGGUGCGCCAGAGAUACCAUGGGAAAUGGAUAUGUGGGCUCUGUGCCGAAGCUGUGAAGGAUGAGAUUAUAAGGACUCAUGAAAGGCUAAUUACUACAGAGGAAGCCAUGACUAGGCACAUGAAUUUCUGCAAGAAGUUCCACUCCUCUGGACCACCUCCAGAUCCUACGGUGCACCUGAUAUCUGCAAUGAGACAGAUUCUUAGAAGAAGUCUGGAUUCUCCAAGAGGUGUGAGAUCAACUCCAAGCAGUCCUACAAGAAAGGGUGGGGAAAUCCGAUCACCGGGACUCAGUAGGUCUGGAAGCUGUUUCUCUAGCUUGACUGGUUGAUGAAGAUAUAGAAAAAUGAAAAAUUGGAAUACAAACUUUGGGGGAAUUACAUUUGAUUUUGCUGCAAAUAAUGAGAAAACAA